CUUGUUAGGCGUCGCCCCUCCCACUUGAUGUCCUCUUGGGACUGCGGUGUAAAUCGCCGCUCCUGUACUGAUUGGGCAGGGCUUUGACACACGCCGUGACUUCACGGAGCACAAAAGACUCCCCCAAAGAUAAAAACAACCAGCAAACCAAUGUGACACACUCCGUCUCCCUGUGUCCCUGCCCUCACUUAUACAUUCGGGUCGCCAGACACCGAUCACCCCUGCUUGACACUCAGGGAGUCCUUUUUAAAAACAUGCCCAGGGGAUUUUUAGUGAAAAGGAGCAAGCGGACUUCACCAGCAUCCUACAGGAUGCGGGAGGCGGACAGCGGAGCACAUAGCGCAGAGCUGCCCCUGUACAGCGCCGAGGGUGGCGUCCCUGUCACCUGCCCUGAUGUCCGAAGUCCGGGGAGAGGGAGCGAAAUGCGUACAGGUGUCCAGGCAGCAACGCAGCAAGCCCAGUCGACCGAAAGCUUAGGGAAGGGCGAAGGUCCCGAUUACCUUCGCGAUUAUACGACGGAUGGUAUUAGCAGACACCAACUUGGAUCUCCAUGUAGAGCAGAAGCCUCCUACAGCCCCAUUAAGCCGGUAGGGUCGGACCAGGGAAAGUCCUUUUUUGAGAGGUGCCUGAGCUCUCCAGCAACGGCUGAAUCAUUCCCGACAUGUGCGCCUGUGGCUUCCAUGGAGAGGCUGCUGAGCUCGCCGGCGGACCCGAAGUUUAACACACCUGUGCACCUGUGCGCGCCGCUGGACCCAAACACCAAGCGGUCGUGCUUCGACCCCGAUCGCAAAGCCAAGCCCGCGGCCAAAAAACCUAAAGUGACGAGAAAGUUGAGCUUCGAAGAUGAGGUGACCAUCUCGCCUGUGCUCGGACUGAAAAUAAAGAAGGAAGGUCCCGAGUCGAAGACGCCGUCCUCCGCGAGAAGAAAGCCGCUGGGCGAGUUCAUCUGCCAGCUUUGCAAGGAGGAGUACCCCGACCCCUUCUCACUGGCGCAGCACAAGUGCUCCAGAAUCGUCCGCGUAGAGUAUCGCUGCCCGGACUGCGACAAAGUUUUCAGCUGCCCGGCAAACUUGGCCUCGCACCGCAGGUGGCAUAAGCCCCGUCCGAUGAACCACGCAGAGCUGGGCGGCAAAAAGGAACCGGAGAAAGCGGUGCCGGUGGACGGGAAAGAGAACGAUCAGCACCACUCUCCCCUGGACAGCUCCCAGCCCCCGACUCCGCAGCACCGCCCCGCUCACGGCUUGCACAUACAGGAUAAACAUCGCAAAAACCCGCAGGAAAACGAGGCGCUGGAGCGGCUCUACAAAGCGCCAGAGAAACGCAUGGACACGCAUCACAUCCCCAGAGAUGACCAGUUGUUCCCGGGCUGCUCCCGGGCGGCUGAUGCCAUCGCCGGCUCUUACCUGUUGUCCGCCUGCCCCCCCGAGGAGGUGUACGAGUGUCAAUAUUGUGAGAAAAAGUUCCGCAGGCAGGCGUACCUCAAAAAGCACCAGGCGGCUCACGAAACGCUGAGGUCCGCGUCCUAUAACCAGAUCGAGAGCGGACAGAUCACCUUCCCCUGCCAGCUGUGCGGGGCGCAUUUUCCCUCGGUGGAGAUACGGGAUAAGCACCGGUUGUGGCACGCAGUGAGGGACGAGCUCCUGGCGUGUCCCAGCAAAGCAGCCGGCACCAGCGCCUUCGCGGCUCCCGACGUCCUGCAAUCCGACCAGCAGAUCUUCUCCUGCAAGCACUGCCCUUCCACUUUCUUCAGCUCGCCGGGCUUGACCAGGCACAUCAAUAAAGCUCACCCGACGGAAAGCCGACAGGUGAUGUUGCUUCAGAUGGCCGUCCGGCCGGGUUGCUAGCUUAGGAGAGCGGCGCUGGGACUGUCAGCUUCCCGAAAGGAACAUGCAGAUGAACGCAACUCUGUACAUGCGCCAAGAAGCGUCUUUCCUCCCGUGUGAAGUCAAGCACAGCGUAUGUCGCAUUGGUUUUAAGUAUCUGGAUAUUUCGGAACUUAUAUCACUGUAGUCGGAAAACGUAGAACGUUAAAAACUAAAUAUGUAUUUUAAAUAGGCCAAAGUACUUAUAAAAUUGUGUAUAGUACUGAAGUGGGACUAAAUUGCAACACAUCAUACAUCUUAAAUCAAAUAAGUUAGUCUAUCAAUCAGUAGAUUUCGUCUGUAUGUCGUUUUGCGUUGUCGAUGCACAACUUCAAAUAGGUUAAAGGAGUGAUGCCAUUUAGUAUGACAGUGAAGCGGUACAGCUGCAGCCGUUUCUGGGAUUACAGGUAUAAUCAUCAUUGGUUUGCCUGAGUUUCGGCAUUGUGUGAUAUCCUGUGGGGAUUUUUGUCAGACUGAAAAUCACACGAUAAAACCUCGUUCGAAGCAGCUUACGGCGUGUCUAAAACUGUUCGAGAUGGUUCCUAUGGAAAUAUGCGUAUAUUGCCCGUUGUUAUUAUAAAAGGACACUAUCUACAUUUAUUUUCCUACUGAAAAAUGAUUACCUGUCGGUGUCUGUGUUUUGUGACGGGAAAACGAGUUGAUCCCCGAGUGUCAACGCUGGGAAACUGGUUAGUUUGACGGUGUAUUGCAGUAGAUAUGGACACUGUGCGCUUUUCAGUUGUGCUGAACAUAAUGUGUGCUUAUUGGACGUCUGUUUAUUGUGUGUUAGCCAAAGGUUA